CGCUGCUGCCUUGUCAGGAAUCAAAUAAUGGAGGGAGACGGAUUGCUAAAAAAAGUCACGUUAAAUGAUGGUUAUAAGAUGCCAAUGUUCGGCCUUGGAGUGUUUACCUUCCUCGUCAAGGGAGAAUCUUUACCUGCCGCCAAAUGUGCUCUCCGGACAGGAUACCGCAUGAUCGAUACAGCGGCGUAUUAUGAGUGAGUUGUAUAAAGCCUAGUCAACUAACCUGGGUACAGAGGUCUCCUGCUCGCUUUAAAGAACACGCACAAGCCAGGGGCGUAGCCAGGAUUUUUUAAAGGGGGGUUCACAAAGGCUACUCACCAGACUAUAUAUGGUUUAUACCGCUGCUCUCCCUCGUGUAUCAGCGGGCUCAGUCGUAUUAUCGCGGCGUGAAGGCCCAUAUUAACUAAAGACAAGAGCCGUUGACGAAAAUACUUUACAAAAAAACAAAUUUUAAAAAAGAGUGCUUUUCAACAAUAGCUUUUACGGCCAAGAUAUUGUCAUGGCCUUUUCGCCACCUGAAUAUUAUACCAAGAAAAUACUCUAGGAGUUGAACUCUUUUCUUAUGUAAAAGCUUUCUUUUGUUCCAAUGAAUUUGCAUAGAUGCUGGCCACGUGAGUGAAAACGCUUGAUAGUUUGUAAAUGGUCGAAUGCGAAAAGUCAUUUGUCAUGAUCAAGAAGGAUGACACUACCCUGGGUGCCAGAGACGUUUCAUGCGCGGUUUUCGAUUUCGGUCAAGGCUUUCGCCGCCGACAUCGAAGCAUCCAACGUCAUCCGGGCGCACGCGAGGAAAAAAACCUCUGCUGGUACCCAGCUAGGGUAGUUUGAUACUGGUGGCCGACAGUUUUAACUCUUAUAUCAUUCGUUAAAGGUAACAAGCCCCCAUCGCCUACUAAUAAGCCCGAAACGGUGAAGCCUGCGACCGAAAAACCCACGCAGAAAGUGACGCCGAAGCCGACAGAGAAGCCGACUAAAACACCAAAACCAACAGAGCCGUCUGGAGAAACUCCUUCAGGUACAAAAUGUGUUGAAAAUUUAUUUGUUCAGAGGUAAAUCUCGACUGAUUAUCUCAGUUUUUAGACCUCUUGAAACGAAUCAAAUCGAUCAUUCAAAUCAUUAUUUAUACUACUAUCUAUUUUAUAUUAUUGGCCAGGACUUUUAACAUAUGUCUAGUUCUCGUAACAAAACCUGUUGCUUUUCUCUAUUAUUACCAGGUUUUCAGAAGGCUUGCUUAGAAGCACACAACGACUUCCGAUUUUUUCACGGCGUUCCCUUGCUGAAGUGGUCGGCAAAGUUGACAAGCGACGCACAGGCCUGGGCAGAUCACCUUGCGGCUAGUGGAAAGUUUGAACACGAUCCAACCGCCCGAGACAAGGACCAAGGCGAGAACCUAUAUUAUGUCACUUUCCAACCUCUUCCUAAGAGAUUGUGCGCGUAUGGCGAACAAGGAGAUUGUCUGAGCUGUGAAGAGAUUGUGCAGGCAUGGUAUGAUGAGGAGGUCGAUUAUAAUUACGAUACUGGCAAACGUAAGACGCUUGGUGCAGUUAUAGAACAUUUUACUCAGCUUAUCUGGAAGGCGACUAAUGAGCUUGGCAUGGCAACUGCUGUGGCUGGUAAUAAGGUGGUAGCAGUUGCUAGAUACUCGCCCGUGGGAAACUGGGAGGGAGAGUUCAAGGAAAAUGUCCCACCGCCAAUCAAUGUGUAAGUGAGCGUUUACAUCCUACAAUUUCACUGAAAGUAUAUGGAGUUCUCUUUUUCUCUUUGUCAGACGUUUAUAUCUUUUAAUUUUUUCGCAACUCUCUACUCAUAUACCACAGGCAGACCACCGCAUGUUCGUGCCUUUGUUAGUGCAAUCUGAGCAUCGAUAAAUGAUAUAUUCCUUACAAAAUACACUUAACUACUUCAGGUAAUAUUUCAGAAUUCAGAUUUCAGUGUUUAAAAAGAACAAAGGUUGUUGUGCCUGUGCAUAAGCCAGGUUUCUCUUCAUUUCCUUUCAUUACCACAGUUUGAAGCGACGUUCAGUUUUCUCGUUAAGCUCCCCUGAAGAGUGACGGCUUAGCUGUCUAGGAUAUUACAAGAAACACUCCCUACUCACUAACUGGUCUAUCCUGAGAAAAGAGCCGACAUUUUGCAACGCCAUCAACGGUUUCCCGCGAACGUCUGUGAACCGAGCGCAAAAAUUUCGUACUGUGUUACUACCUAGAUAUGGGUACGGCUUCUGAUUAGAUGAAGCGAAUUUUCAACCAAUCAAAAGUAGUUAACCCAGAUCUGGAUAGUGACACCUCAUCGGUGCGGAAUAUCUGUGCUCGUUUGUCAAAACUUCUUUUCGCGAGAAAACCUGUUGAUGGCGUCGCGAAGUGUGGCUGUAUUCCUAGGGUUAGGGCUCGUUACAAGUACAAUCAUAGUNAGAAUUCAGAUUUCAGUGUUUAAAAAGAACAAAGGUUGUUGUGCCUGUGCAUAAGCCAGGUUUCUCUUCAUUUCCUUUCAUUACCACAGUUUGAAGCGACGUUCAGUUUUCUCGUUAAGCUCCCCUGAAGAGUGACGGCUUAGCUGUCUAGGAUAUUACAAGAAACACUCCCUACUCACUAACUGGUCUAUCCUGAGAAAAGAGCCGACAUUUUGCAACGCCAUCAACGGUUUCCCGCGAACGUCUGUGAACCGAGCGCAAAAAUUUCGUACUGUGUUACUACCUAGAUAUGGGUACGGCUUCUGAUUAGAUGAAGCGAAUUUUCAACCAAUCAAAAGUAGUUAACCCAGAUCUGGAUAGUGACACCUCAUCGGUGCGGAAUAUCUGUGCUCGUUUGUCAAAACUUCUUUUCGCGAGAAAACCUGUUGAUGGCGUCGCGAAGUGUGGCUGUAUUCCUAGGGUUAGGGCUCGUUACAAGUACAAUCAUAGUAAAUUCACUGGUCUUAUGCGCUUUUCUCUACCAAGAGAGAACAAGGGCCAAUUUAAUAAAACUUUUUUAAGUGUAUUUUACAAGUGUAGCUAUUAAGACCCUAAAAAAAUGGAUACACUUGUAAAUUGCACUUGUAAAAGAUUUAGAGCGAUUUUCGCUUGACCUUGAAAAUGGUUUCGGUAAGUGUUCCUUAUUUGUUUUGUCGGCCAAAGGAUGAUCAUGAAAAGAUCAAAAGAUGGACUCUUCGUUUUCCCGCCAAAAAAAACCUAAUAUGGAGAAGGUAUUGUUCGAUUGGUCAAUCGUGUUGCAGUAUGACGUCAAAGUGAAGUAUCGAUUGAUUUCUAGCAAGUUCUCUGACAUGAAGUUUUUUCACCGGAGCGUUCGCUUAGCCAACCAAAAGCUACGCGUGUCUGUAUCCGUUCAAUAAACCAAUCAAAUCGCUGUAUUUAAUUGACCCCAUGUCAUUUCUCUCUUGUUUGUAGCUCCGAUGACGCGUUCUGUAAGUAACCUCUCGGCAUGACCAGAAGAUACUAUUUUAUGAUACGUCAGGUCUAGCCUUAUGACCUUUUGCAGAUGAGCGUCCCUUCCUGUCCAAGAAUUGUCGACAAUUAAAAAAUACCUGGAAAUUGCUUCAAAUAACCGCUGACCAAAUUUUAAGCCGGCCGACAUAAUAUUGGAUAAUCUGAUGAUCUAAGGACAAAACAACUUUUGUUUUUACCACGUUUAAUACUUUUUAAACGCUAGAAUAAUCGCAAAAUGAUGAUGGACGAAACUAGUGUAGGCAGUAAACAAAAUUGGGCCUCUAGCAAGCUGACGUUUUUUCCUUUCCUUUCAUUGUAGUCCCUGAAGGAAUCAAGUAUGACUCAAGUAUGGAAUCAAGUAUGGCUCCAGCUGUAAUAUAGAACAAAACUACUAGACACUAAUAAGCAGCUUUGUCAUAAUUUUGUUAUUAAAAUUAAUUUAAGAAUUGUACCGAAGCGGCGGAGAAUGAAGUUAUUGGCGAGACUAUAGCUUUUCUUGGGAGUCCAAGGACUUUUAAGAUGGGUAAGGAUAAACUCUACUAAAGCGGGGUAGUCCUUUCAGAGUUAGACAGACAGGGAAAGAACUCUAUAGGUUGUGCCGCUACAGUGAAGCUUAACCCUUAUAUUUUCAUGUACAUAGCCAUUUAUACACCAGUUGCACAUCUCCCAUAAUGCACUUUAUUUGCCCCCAAAGUUUUGUAUGAGCAUUGUUUUCAAUUUAUCUUUGGACGGCUGUAAUACCCAGGAGAAAUGAAAAACAAAGGUUACUCAAAAAUUGGGGCGGGGGGGAUUCAAAUAGAUAGUUUUCAGUCACGUGGUCAGCAGCUUUGCAAAUUGCUUGGAAUAAAAGAAAGUUUUAACACGUGAAAAGAGUUCAAUUCCCACAGGAUUUUUUGUGUACACAAACAUGGCCGCCGAUUCAUUGUUUUGUACACAAACAUGGCCGCCGAUUCAUUGUUUUGUACACAAAUAUGGCCGCCGUGACGUCAUGUGAAAACGAUCUAUAAGGUGCAUUAUGGGAGAUGUGGAUUAUGGAUUAUGGAAGUGGCGUGUACACGUUUCUGCCCAGUCAACCAAUCACUUUUAAUAAUCUUUUCUUUUGUAUCAUUCUAAAUAUUGUAACCGUUUUAUUCUAUAUCUACGUUGCUUUGAUAGUCCUAAUGAAGGUCAGCGGUAUUCGCCAGUUUAGAAACGAGGGGAAAACUGGAUCGAGUUAUCUUUCGCAAAGACCUCUUGGACUGUUACUAAGGACAGGCGAAGAACCUGGGCCGAGUUGUUCAAAGCUGGGUUGAGAUAACCCAGGGUUAGUUCGAAAUUUGAAUUCAGUUAUGAAAGCUUAAAAAGCAAAUUCAGUUUCAUUCUUUUUGUCAACAAUUUGAUGAUUGGCUACUCUAAAAAUAAUAGAGAAAAUUGUCUGAGAAAAUGCUUUUGAUGAAAAGAAAAAGAGACCCGGGUUAAAAUUUGACCCUGGGUUAGCGCUAAUCGGCCGUCGAACAACUAGGCCCUGGCCAAUAGCAACAAACCGGCGCGUCCCCAGUAACGAUUUACCAGAAACAAUUGUAGGACACAUUCGGUUCCAGUUCCCUUCUUGUUUCUAGAGUGGCGAAUUGUCUAACCGAAAUAUUGGGCAAUAAAAUUUAUACCCUAAUUUGAGUCUAUUAUAGCUGCCCGAUCAGCCUUGCAUUUGGCUUUUAGCCCUUUAAGCUACGAGACUGGUAUCCAGUAUGUAGUUCAAUUACUGGUUAAGACCGCAGGAAAAUGGUCACUUAACAAAUCGACCACAAUUUUCCAUGGUCCACACUCUUAUAGACCAAAGAAAUGACGUCAUAAAAUGUUCAAAACUCAAGUGGAACCACUGGCCGUAGGCGAGUGGUUUCACUGCAAAGUUUUGAACGUUUUAUGGCGUCAUUUCUAUGGUCUAUAAGAGUGUAGACCAUUGAAAAUUGUGGUCGAUUUGUUUUUCACAAUAACAGUUUAUUUUUUUACGAAAACUUUUGCCAAAAACAAAACAACCGGCACUGCUUGACAUGUUACGUCGUUUCCAUGGUCUAUAUUCUAUAGACCAUAGCUCUCGACCAAUCAGCGCGCGAGGAUUCGCUCAGUUAUUGUAAAAGUCUUUUGAACUUUAGGCUCGAUUUCCGCCGCUCUCUAGGGAUAAAAAAGGGGCUAUGUUUCGAGGAUAUUGCUUUAUUUGCGCUAGUCAUUACUGUAGUCACUAGAAUGUACAACCUCUUUCCCAGGAUUCUCUUCUGCCCGUCUCUCGAUCCGCAGGGACGGGUAGGAGAGAACCCUGGGAAUGAAGUUGCUGCAUGUAGAACUAUAGAAGAAGAUAUGAAACAAAUAGGCCAUUUCCGAGUUUCCCCGGGCCUCUGUAUGCAAAUAUAGCAGGAACCUGAAUGGAGUUUCUUAACUCAAUUGUGGCACAGUUAAACUUUUAAGAAGUCGACCUCUUUGGGGUCAACGUAGCCUCCCACACAGGCGUUUUUAGGGGAGCUCGUCUUUCAUCCCUCCUAAAAACGCCUGCGUGGGAGGCUAGGGUCAACGCCAUCAAUCUUCGACUUCGAAUGGUAGGCGUUACUGGUAAAUAAACACAACAAAAAAGAAGACCGCGCCACAUUCAUUGAACGACUUUGUGGAAGUCUUCAGUCCGGCCGCUGAUAAAAAUUAACCUGGUCAAGGUUAUUCCCUAGUUUUGCACUGCGCAUCUCUUACUGCGCAUAACAAGAUGGCCGCCGUAAAAAAAAGCAUGUGAAGUAACAUUAUUAAAAUGAAGUUGACUGAAGAGAAACUCUAUUGGAAUUUCUUCUUGCUGUUGUUUCUUGCCGAGGUGAGACUCAAUGUGUUGGAAAUGUGCAUAACGUAAGCAGUACGCGUGUUGCUGAGUUCGACCUCCUCUCGGAGAACCUCGAUAGUGGAUGUUUAACUUGUGCUUACUCACUUUGAUUUUCAUUUGAACACUUCCUUUAUCACAUUGUGUCCUAAAUGUGAUAUCUCGAUGUAAUUCUGUAAAAACGAAUUUUUUAACACUUUCUUCCCGCUUUCACAUACAUUCUAUUUUGAAACUCGCCCCAGUCCUCUCUCAAGAAUUGGAGAAAAUGCGUUUGGUACGCAGUUUCUGCAGCUCUACCGCAAAAACGAGUACGGUGACCCCCACUUUUUAUUUCAUGAUUUUAAUAAAGACAGUGCUUCCUUUCGAUGAGAAAAAAUUGGCACAAAUCUAUGUUCAGUUUUUUGGCAAUUUUACUAAAUUGUACGGAUUGAGCCAUCACGGGUCGAAAAGCGCGCGUCCAAUUUAAUUCUACUUUGGAGCGUAGAGUAAAAACAAGGGCAUUAAAAGUCAUUUUUCUGGUACGUAAGUGGAUAAACAAUACAUUAAAGUCAAAUUCUGUGUGAUGCCACAUGCAUCAUCGAAAAAAUCUCUCCUUUUUGCCUAGUUUUGGGCUGCCCGCGGUUUUUGUAAAAGGGUCCUAAAUCCGUAUUUGUCAGCAUUGUGACGUCAAAACGAGCACCGUGACCCCCAUUUUUUAUUACUUUUUUAUCAUCUUCUUGACUUGUUACAUUAGUGCACCAAGUUUUAGCUACAAUCUAUGUUAGGUUCUUUUACUAUGGAAUCACCUUAAACUCUUUGAACCGGGUUACGUUCUGAAGAUUUUUUUACCAUUAUCAGGGAUAGAAAAUAGCGUGACAUUGCCUUUUUUAAUUCAUUACUGAUAUUUGCAUUUCGCGUCCCCUUUGUUGAGGGAAACACAAUGGGUGAUUACUGUCACCACAGACUUAUACCCAGGGUAAAUUUGCUAAAAAUUGCCGAGGAUCGUGGAUUUUCAUUUUACUUAGGUAAAAAAUGUCUGGAAAGGUCUGUACAGCCCCCGAGAUGAUCCCGGCCCCGAAAUGAUCCACAAAUCGACCCCGAAAUGAUCCCCAUUUCUUAUCAAGUCGUCCCCGAAAUGAUCCCCAAUUAAUUUUAGGAAUGGAAUGAUAUCCUAGAACUAUGGAUCGAGCAAAAUGCACAAUAAUCUUCACUUGCCCGUAUUCUUUAAUGACAUUAAUUUGGGCUUACACUUUGAACAUUUUUAGUAACACCAUGAACCGCGACUGAUCGCGUCAUCAAGAAACAUAACAUUUUCUAUUAUUAAUAAUUUUACUACUUAGGUGAUUAUAGCCCGAGUUAUGUUAAAACUGCAUGCCUUCGAUCAUUUCAGGGUUUAGGAUCAUUUCGGGGGCUGUUCAAUAUAUAGACUGCUUGCAGUCCGCCUUAAUUUUCUCUUAAAAUCCGUCUAGUUCUUAUGUCAUCCAGCGCGAUUGCAGACCACGUCGUUCGAAAGGCGGGAACAACGCUAUAUUUUGUUAAUGCUUAGCUAGCCGGCCGGUGUUAAUACUGUGACAUUUUGCCAUUUACAUUUAACGCUGUAUUUUUGUGCCGAAGGUAGGCCUUUACACAUUCUGCUCGAAAAAAAGGCUAUUCUGCUCAAAAGAAUUGCCUCCAAAAAAGGCUAUUCUGCUCGAGAUUAUGCUCCAAAAGUUCUUAUUAUGCUCGAAUUAUGCUUCUGUAAAAAUCGAUAUUCCUGGGUUCAAAAUACUCAAACAUGAUAAAUAAGACAUUAUAUCGCCCUUCCAGGGUGAGGCUAACCCAACAUAUCCGCAUUUAUUAUUUAAUCCUUAAAACUAACAUGGGUAAUAACUUGUAAAAAGAGUCUGGGACAACCAUGAACCAGUGGUCAGUGACUUCUACCGGUUGCGAGUUUGGUUCCGCCAUCUUGUUUUGCUCAGAUGUGCGUGCCCAGCUCCCUCUCAGACUCGUUCCCAGGCCCCAGAAUAUGCAAAAUGGCCAAAAAUGGCCUAUUCUGCUCGUAUUAUGCCCCAAUCAUAUAUUCUGCUCCUGAGGCCCUAUUAUGCUCGAAAUUCUGCCGGCAGAAUGUGUAAAGGCUUAGCCGAAGAUUGCUUUAUCUUAAUAUGCUUAUAUAAACAAAAUUAGACACGGAAAGUGUUUUUUAAACAACUGUUAAACUCUCCAAAUCCUCGAGAAAAACGCCUUCAUCGCUUUGAUCACAGGCAAACCAAGGUCUGGCAAUAUUGCAUACGUAACAGAACGAAUUAUAGGGCUCAUAUGAGAACAGUUUAAAUGCGAAAAAUUCGGCUGAGCUUAGCUUUUUAUAGUUAGAGACACAAAAUAACUAUAUUAAAAAACAUACUUGUGCUGUAUUUUGUGUUUAGCCUAAUUGUCUGUUAUUGUAUAGAAACGAAGUAAAACUGAAUACAAUUACUUGUGAGGUAUUUUGCUUUACGCAAUGUACACUUGAUUUCGUUUCUCUAAAAUAAGCUAACCUGCUAAAGUAAGCCAAAUUUUUUCGAAUUUUAAUUUUUUUUUUGCUUCCAUAUGUACCUUACUAUUUCAUUGCACAGUAUUGCCUGGAUUGUCCUUAAUUUUUAACAGGAGCUCACUUAAUGAGUCUGGGAUGUUCGUGGUGUGAUGGGGUUGAAUUUCUUAAUCCCUCACAAAAUAUUUUGCGUCACGAGCAAAAAUUUCUUUCUGAGAACAUGUGACUAAAUUAAAUUGCACCUGAUGUCUUUGGUUAAGAAGCGGUUAAUGGCUCUCUGAGAGGUAUUUAUUCGUUUUGUGAAAGGCUUUUAUUUCUUAUCCAAAUUGUUACAAAUCAAAGAUUAGAGAAGUGUGAUCAUUUCGCACUGUUGUUUCUGAGUUCUCAGUGGUGAUGCUGCCUUGCCUUCCAGAAAUGAGGACGAAGUUGGUCAAGCAAUCAUGGAAUCAGGAGUAAAGCGCGAAGAGAUUUUUGUGGUCACAAAACUUACGAAUAAUGCACAUGGAUACGACGAAUGCUUGAAAGCCUUUCAUGAAAGUCUGAAGAGGUAACUAUUAUCCUUUUCAAGAACUUUCUCUUUCCAUUUUUUGUCUUUUAACGGUGUAUUUUUAACCUUGAAAUGCAGAACUCUUGUCUUAAAACAUCUGCAUGGUGAUCGCGCAGCAGCUAUUUUGUUGAAAAUGGAUAUCCGUCACUAAGGUUUCCAAAUAUGGUCAAAACGAAUAUUCACGAGCAUUGAACGCGAGUUACACGUUUCAACCCCUUAUGAGUUUCUGGUAAAACUGAAUACACUUACUUGUGAGGUAUUUUGCUUUACGCAAUGUACACUUGAUUUCGUUUCUCUAAAAUAAGCUAACCUGCUAAAGUAAGCCAAAUGUUUUCGAAUUUUAAUUUUUUUUCUGCUUCCAUAUGUACCCUAUUAUUUCAUUGCACAAUAUUGCCUGGAUUGUCAUUAAUUUUUAACAAGAGCUCACACAAUGAGUCUUGGAUGUUCGUUGUGUGAUGGGGUUGAAUUUCUUAAUCCCUCACAAAAUACUUUGCGUCACGAGCAAAAAUUUCUUUUUGAGAACACGUGACUAAAUUAAAUUGCACCUGAUGUCUUUUGGUUAAGAAGCGGUUUUUGGCUCUCUGAGAGGUAUUUAUUCGUUUUGUGAAAGGCUUUUAUUUCUUAUCCAAAUUGUUACAAAUCGAAGAUUAGAGAAGUGUGAUCAUUUCACACUGUUGUUUCUGAGUUCUCAGUGGUGAUGUUGCCUCGCCUUCCAGAAAUGAAGACGAAGUUGGUCAAGUAAUCACGGAAUCAGGAGUAAAGCGCGAAGAGAUUUUUGUGGUCACAAAACUUACGAAUAAUGCACAUGGAUACGACGAAUGCUUGAAAGCCUUUCAUGAAAGUCUGAAGAGGUAACUAUUAUCCUUUUCACGUUUUGUGUCGUAUGGAAAAAAUUUUCACAUGCACGUACCUACAGCCUAGAACCAGUUCGGCGUGAUUACUUGCCGCUGUUCUGGAAAAUGAGCCCGCACCCACCAGCCUAGUGACCAGGCUCCUUGGUGUGGAAAAGGGUAAAAAAGGACCUGGUCCGAGGCUACCACUGCCACGAGAAGUGGUUUCUUUUGUAGGAAUGUACCCUAAGACUUUCUCUACCUUGGUCAGAGGUCUGUUCUUAAAAUAUCAAGGAUAAAAUAACCCAUGCGCACGGUUUGAUGGCUUGGCCGCGAACUACCAGGAAUUAGGAAAGAAAAAGAAAAAUCUAACAGGCGGGGGUAAGAUGUCCUCUUGAAGGGCAGCUAUAAGAGAAGAUCUUCCCACCUAAAAGCUAUUGGGGAACCCUAGCAUCGACAACGACGACGGCAGCGAGAACGUCUCUGAUCUUUACAAUUGAAUUCGCGUUUUUUCCAACUUUGUCGCGUUCACUCCAGUUUACUGAAAAUGCCAAUUGUAGGCGAAUUUCCCUGGAGUUGAUUUCUUGGGGAACGCAUUCAAGUUUAGAAAGAGAAAGAAAAAUUCGUCGCUAGUUUACGUCCCCAUUAAACUUGAAAUUAGGCAUUUUCACUACGCAGUCGUGCAGUGAUGGCAUAGAAAUGUACAAAAAAGCGUGAUGCACAGGCAAAUUUGUUGUUUUGCCAAUCUAAACCUAUUACAUUUUUGACGUUCUCGUUGCCGUCGCCGUUGUCGUUCCUAAAGCUCCUUAAUGCUUGCAGGUUGGCGAAGUUCUCGUUGUCUUGGUAACGUAACCUUUCUAAAAUGACUCCUUCUCUUAGACAUUUCUGAUUUUAAAUGGUUCCUACAGUACGUUUAUAUAGCAGAAGCCGUCAGAGGGAUCAAAAACUCUAUAAAACAUGUAUACGUAAGAGACAUCUAUUGUAAAAAGAACUUUGACGAGUACCCUUAGCGGUUGUGGAUGCGCUGAUCAACAGCUAUUCUAGGUCAGUGUGUUUCAGAUGACCUUCAUUGUAUAUUUAAUGUGAAGUUUUGACCACGUCUUUUAUUACAUGUACAUACAGGCUUGGUUUAAGCUAUGUGGACUUGUAUCUCAUCCACUCUCCUGCGCCGGGGAAGAAUGUUGACAGCUACCGCGCCAUGAUGAAACUCAAGGAACAGGGUCUAAUAAGGUAACUAUUAAGGUCUAAAUUAGCGUGAGAAAACAGCUGACAUUUUGCAACACCAACAUGCACUGGUUUCAGUUCCCUGCAAAAUGACGUCUGAGGAAUAGGGCGGAAACUCCAUACUCAUGACACAACAUUGCCCAGACCUGGUUAGUGCCUCUAAGUGCAUGAGGCAAAUUUUCAACCAAUCAGAAGAUCUGGGUAGUGAUGCGUCAUCAGUAUGGGAAUUCUGCGCUAGUUGCUCAGACGUUAUUUUAAAGGGAAACCAGUGGAUUAACAGAUUGGUUUUCAUUCGUCGUUUGGCCUUUAUUCUUUCAAACCUUAACCAGAGAAUAUUACAUUUCCGUAAAUGCGAUUCUAAAUCUCUCAGGUGGUGUCGCAACAUCUGUACAAGAUACAUCAUGUCCUCAAGAUAAGUUUACAACUUGUAUCGCAACAGUACUUUCAGAUUUUUCCGUUGUGUUGCAAACCGGACAGUGCUGUCAAGUCACUGUUGUCAGUUGCUGACCUUGGUGCUUUUAGUAUCUAGAUCUUGUCAUAAAAGUAACAUGUCCUUGGAUAACCAAAGACUUACUCACCUCUAUACGUAAGAAAAACAAGUUAUACCACGAUGGUCUGUGGGUUGGGAUAAGUACAAAUUGUGUCGUAAUAAAUUAUCAUUGUUAACUCGUUUAAGUAAAAAGAAUUACUACAACUCCUUUUUCGAACUAAAUCUUAAUAACGUGAAGGCAACCUGCGAAGGGUUUAACAACCUAAUAUCUUCCUCCAAGAAGAAAGUGAACCAAAUUUCUAUUAUUAAAAAACCCGAUGGUAGUCUCUCAACUGACCCUAAUGAAAUCCCAAAUGUGCUUAAUAAGCAUUUUUCUAGUGUUGGACAUAACCUUGCUUCCAAACUACCACCUUCUAAGCACUCAUUUAAUGAAUAUCUCGCUAACAACCAUUUGCCAAACUCUUUUAACUUUGAACCCAUUAUUCCCACUGAUAUGAGUGCCCAAAUUCAGGCCUUGCCCCUCUACAAGUCUUAUGGCAUGUUCUCUUGUCCUGUGAAAAUCCUAAAAGGCUGCAAACACAUUAUUAGCCAGCCACUUGCUAACAUUUACAAUUUAUCUGUUAUCCAAGGUAAACAUCCCAGCAAACUAGAACUUUCCAAGAUUGUACCAAUUUAUAAAGAUGAUGAUGAGUCCUGUGCCAUCAAUCACCAGUUUAUUUCUCUUUUGUCUAUGUUCAAUAGAAUAUUUGAAAAACUAAUGUAUCAAAGACUCAGUAAAUUUAUCAUUAAGCACAAUAUAUUGAUGAACUUCCAAUAUGGCUUUAGGGGUGGUCAUAAUACUCAAAAUGCAAUUCUGGAUAUUGUUAAUACAAUUCAGAGUAACAUGAAUAGUGGUAAAUUCACCUCUGGACUCUUUAUAGAUCUGAAAAAAGCCUCUGAUACUGUUGAUCACUAUAUUCUUCUUCAAAAACUUGAUUUUUAUGGCAUCAGAGGUAUUGUUAAUGAUUGGUUCCAAUCUUACCUUACCUAUAGGAAACAAACCACUUCAAAUGGCUCUUAUAUCUCCAACAGUGAAACAACUUUGUAUGGUUUUCCACAGGGCUCUGUGCUGGGCCCACUUUUAUUCUUAUUGUAUGUGAAUAACAUUGCAAAUUCUUCAAAGCAUCUUUCGCUUUAUUUAUUUGCUGAUGAUACAAGCAUUAUUAAUGCAAACAAGAACCUCCAUAAUCUUGAACAGAUAGUUAAUUCUGAACUAAGUAAUGUCAGUGACUGGCUUUCAGCCAAUAAGCUAACCCUUAAUUUCAAAAAAUUUAAUUACGUGCUUUUCCGUCCUCGGCAGAAAUGUUUAACAUAUAAUCCUUCCAUCAAAGCUUAUGAUCCUGCCAUAGAUGCAUUGAGUACCUUAGAAAGGAAAGAUUUUGUCAAACACCUUGGUGUUCUGAUUGAUUAUGAACUUUCCUGGAAAAACCAUAUUAAUCUAAUCUCAAAAGUAGGUUGAGUUUGAUCGUCCGGAAUCCUUUCUGUAAAUUUGUGUGUCUCUUCCCUCGCCUCGAUUAGGCUCUCCUAUACGCCGGAGGAAGCUAUCGUGAAAUUUUAAAUUGAGAUUGAAUGAAUAAAGUUGAAGUUAAAGUAUUUCCUGGGGUGAUUCCUAACAGCCGCCAAUUCCCGAAGCCACCACUGGUUUACCCGCGAAAUUACUGCAGAAACUCCACACUGAUGACGCGUCAUUACCCAGAAGUGACGCGUAGUAGUCCUGACGGGUAGUGCUUCUGAUUGGUUGAAAAUUUGCCUCAUUAAAUCAGAAUGUAAGCAUUACCCAGAUCUGGGUAGUGAAACGACAUCAGUAUGGUUUUUUUUGCUCGUUUUUCAGACGUCAUUUCGCGGAGGAACCAGUGAAAGGUGUCGCGAAACGUGGGUUGUUGUCUUACGCUAGGGAGCCUAAGCAACGACGACGAUGACGGGACUGAAACUUUAUCACGUCUACUUGGACCCGCUGAAUUUUUUAAAUGUAGGGGAUUUUUCCGGAGGUUGAAUUCUAAAGGCUUUUAUCAGGUUAAAAAAGAGAAACGAAAAUUCGACGUCGUAUGUUCACAUCCUCCAUAAGUCAGGGUUUGCAAAUUUUAUUGAUGAGUGGAGUCAGUGUGACUUCUGCUUCACAACUUUUGGAGUCAUUUUGGAAUAUUUGGAGUCAACUAUCACAACGAAAAAAGCCAUUUUCAGACUUUCCAGUACGUGGUCCUGGCAUGCAUACACUAUCGUGAGGGAUCGUGAGGGAUACACGAAGUAGCUGUGGCGGUCCGCUGACCUGGAAAGCUCAAAUAUCGAGUAAACUACCCUCUUCCUGUUUUGUCCUGCAGUAUAAUUCUUUAAUUUCGAUGAUUUAAUUAAGGUUUGUAACGUUUACAAUUAACUUAAAUUGUACCAGUUGCAAAAAAGGUAAGGACAAAACUGUGUUUCUUACCAAAAAUUUCUGGAGUGGAAGUGGCUCCCUGUUUGUUACCGAAAAUUCCUGGAGUCGAAGUGAACAAUUUUGGCGUAAAAUACGCCAAAUUUGGCGUAUUUGCGAACCCUGUCCAUAAGACAUUUUUCACGUCGCAGUUGUGCAGUGGACGUCAAAGAAGUGUACUAGAAAGUGUUAUGCAUGUGCGGAGCUGUUGUUUUGAUCAUAAAACCAUUUUCUUUUUGUCGUCGCCGUCGUCGUCUUGGUCGCUUAGGCCCAGGCCAAACGUCGAACUUUUUACGAUACGAACCAAACUUAUAUUAGUGAGUUAAAUUCAUGAAAAGUUCGAGGUCUGGCUCAGUCAACUUCGUCUGAAUGAAUUUUGGAUUGUCCAACACGUUCUAUCCGUCUGAAGAUCGUCUCUGGGACACACGUCGAUCUUCAAGUGCAACGAACUAAACUAAUAAAAACUUGCAAACUCUUUUCAAUUCAGAUCAAUCGGAGUUUCCAACUUUGGUGUGAAUCACUUACAAGAAAUGGAGAAGGCGGGNAGUGGAGUCAGUGUGACUUCUGCUUCACAACUUUUGGAGUCAUUUUGGAAUAUUUGGAGUCAACUAUCACAACGAAAAAAGCCAUUUUCAGACUUUCCAGUACGUGGUCCUGGCAUGCAUACACUAUCGUGAGGGAUCGUGAGGGAUACACGAAGUAGCUGUGGCGGUCCGCUGACCUGGAAAGCUCAAAUAUCGAGUAAACUACCCUCUUCCUGUUUUGUCCUGCAGUAUAAUUCUUUAAUUUCGAUGAUUUAAUUAAGGUUUGUAACGUUUACAAUUAACUUAAAUUGUACCAGUUGCAAAAAAGGUAAGGACAAAACUGUGUUUCUUACCAAAAAUUUCUGGAGUGGAAGUGGCUCCCUGUUUGUUACCGAAAAUUCCUGGAGUCGAAGUGAACAAUUUUGGCGUAAAAUACGCCAAAUUUGGCGUAUUUGCGAACCCUGUCCAUAAGACAUUUUUCACGUCGCAGUUGUGCAGUGGACGUCAAAGAAGUGUACUAGAAAGUGUUAUGCAUGUGCGGAGCUGUUGUUUUGAUCAUAAAACCAUUUUCUUUUUGUCGUCGCCGUCGUCGUCUUGGUCGCUUAGGCCCAGGCCAAACGUCGAACUUUUUACGAUACGAACCAAACUUAUAUUAGUGAGUUAAAUUCAUGAAAAGUUCGAGGUCUGGCUCAGUCAACUUCGUCUGAAUGAAUUUUGGAUUGUCCAACACGUUCUAUCCGUCUGAAGAUCGUCUCUGGGACACACGUCGAUCUUCAAGUGCAACGAACUAAACUAAUAAAAACUUGCAAACUCUUUUCAAUUCAGAUCAAUCGGAGUUUCCAACUUUGGUGUGAAUCACUUACAAGAAAUGGAGAAGGCGGGGCUACCAACUCCUGCAGUCAAUCAAAUUGAGCUUAAUCCCUAUUGGCGCUUGGAAGAGGUUGUGAAUUACUGCAAAGAAAAAGGAAUUGCCCCAAUGGGAUACUGUCCUAUAUUUCGUGGAAGGAAAAAUGACGAUCCCACCCUUGUUAAAAUGGCUAAGAGGUAAUCUAAUUUUACUGAACAAGUCAAGCAAUACCGUCUUUUCUCAGCCGCUUCCAGUCGCUCGGAACGUUUUGCGAAACGUCCAAACCGGUGUAAACUGAGUGACGAGAGACGUCUGUAUUCGCAAAUUACUUGUUGUUAAAAAGUCUGGUAUAUUAAACACUUAAGGUGGUUCGAUACAAUAUCUAUGGUAAAACCAUUAUAACACAUUUUAUUAUGAUAUUAUUGUUUUGGGCGAUCGGAAUAAAUAUCACGUGGCAAUGACGUCACAACAGUUUUAGAUUUAAAUCGAAUUUCAGCCCUCAUCGACCUGAACUUUGGAAAUGCUUUACGCGGCGCAUACUUUGGGUGCUUGUCUUAUGCCAAAGUUUCACAGAAAUCUAUGAGAGGAAUUGCGAGAUAUAUUGGAAGUUCUAAAAAAUGGUUAUAAAUUAUGCAUGAACUGAAGACUGGACUUUAUGCCGACAAAUUGGCUACUUUUUGGGUGUUUCCGGAAGGGUUUUAUCACUUGUUCGGUGUGCAAAUGACCCUUGUACACUUUAUAAUUUCGAAGAACAUGAAAACAUGCGAGUCGGGGUAGAACGUGAUGCCGAGCUCUUUUUGUAAUUUCUAAGGCUACUUUCACGAAAACAGCCAUUAAACGAAAAUUCGACGAUAGAUUUUGUUUCCGUGCUGCCAUUGAUCGGUGUAUUAUAAAAUGCCGGGUUUUCGUGUACAUUUUAAGCUGCCUAACGUAGGCGCAAAAUUGAGUAAAUAUUGAAGUGCUAUGAUAGAUUUUAAUUUUUUGCUUUGGUAUGUCCUAUUGUCUCGAGUUUAGCACGACAUCAAAAUUCCCAUGCAGCCCGCGAAAAUUUACCGGGCUUGGUUACCUUCCGUAAUCUAUUGACUGUUGUUUUCUCUCUUUGUAUGACAUGACUAUAUUUCGGAAAGAUUACCGAGGCAACUAGGCGCGGUAAAUUCUCGCGUGCUGCACGGGAAAAAAUUUCCAGCUAUAUAACAAUAUCAGAUAACGACAAUCAAUAUUAUAUAUAAGGAUGAAAACUCUUGCUGUUUUAUUCUUGGAGUUUAAACUAACUUUCCUGGAUAAAAAGAAACCGUUAGUCAUCAUACACAUUAUUUUGACUUGCUAGCUAAGUGGAACUCCUUCAGGUGCAAGUGGACGGGGGUAUCCUUUCAUGCUCUUUAUAGCUAUUUCACCCCUAUUAUAAGUGACUUUACAAAAAUCAACAUUUACAUAUUUAUCUCAAUACGACUGAUUGAAUCUAAAAGAAAAAUAAAAAAUAAAAAUUACUUGAGUGCUGGAAAGAGGCUACCGUGAACGCCUUACUGUUAAAGAUCACAAGAGAUCAAGCAAGUAGGAAAGCUAGUCUAUCUCAGGAUGGGCUUGCAGAGAGAACGGAUUUUAGUCCGCUUUUCAGUUAGUGUUCAGUUCCCAAUCCAAAUUUCAUCUGUGUUUCGUUUGAUUCUUGGUCCUUUACUUGUACGAUCGCUUUUUAAGAGUCACGGUGUUGAUUUUUUUGUCCUGUGUUUUUGUUUCUUUACCCUGGACAGGUAUAAUAAGUCGGUGCCGCAGCUUUUUAUCCGAUGGAGUGUACAGAAAAAUUACAUAACUAUUCCCAAGUCAAGUAAACCAGAGCGGAUCCAAGAAAAUGCCGACGUUUUUGACUUCUCUAUCAGUGACGAUGAUAUGAAAACCCUGGUACGUUCUCCUUUAUAAAAUUAAUACAUUUAGGGACCUUUAAGCUCGGACGACGAGGACGGCAACGCCAAAAAAUUAAUAGGCUGAAUAAGCAAAGCAACAACUCUGCACGUGCAGCACACGUGCAGAGUUGGUACAUUUCUUUGCCCUCACAGCACGACUAGGACGAGAAAAUGACUUGUUUUAUGUUAUAUGGUGGACCUAAACAAGCCACGACCAAAAUUUUCUCUCUCUUUCUGAUCUUGAAUAUGGCCGGUUCUCAGGAAUUCACCACACUUGACAAAGUAAAGUGGGUUAAUUUGCCAUGAAGAACGCGAAUUACUUUUUAAGAGACAUUUUUGCUGCUGUCAACGACCUCGGAUCUUAAAGGUCCUUAGAGGCCGUUUUCACACUAGGGACGGAUUAUUCGUCCGAGACGGGUUAAUUAAUCAGUGACCUUAACUUGGUCACUGAUUACCAUGCUCCUCAUACGUUCAUAUAGUUGGGGACCUGACCUAUAUCCCACAAUGAUAGGCUUGUUAAAAAGAUAAAAAUCACUAAUUAUUCAUCACCUUGUGGUAAAAAUAGACAUGAAAUUUUUAACUUAAUAUCAUAGGUGACGAAUUACUCCUUAAUUUUGGCGCGAAAUUUCAGCGUUAAUUUGUAAUUUCACAUGUGAAAUUACAAAAUUGCCAUGGCAACUUUCCGUACGUCUCCGUUUCAAGAUGGCGACUAAGUUUUAAAAUGUCAUGAAUGAAGAUGCCAGGGUAUAAAAAGACGCUUUAGAAAACCUGAACACACGAAAGAGCACAUCAAGAAGGAUUCUUAGAGGUAUUUUGUCGAAAACUUCUGAAAACUUAAGCCAAAUUUCGGCGCUAAACGUUUGAGAGAGUGGAGUUCACGAUCGAUCGAUACGAUCCAGGAUAAACAAGUCAACAAUCCUCGAUUGCUAACGUAAUUCGUCACCCAUGAUAUUAAUAGGUAAUCAAAUGAUUAGGGAAAAAGGCUCGGGAAAUUAUUAGGAUUUGGACAAAACGCGCGUGAAAUUAUUCCCUAAUUUCACUCGUCACCAUUUGAUUACACAUACUAAUUUCCAAAAUUAUGUUCAUUUGAUUUUUACUUCCACUUUCGUUUCCUUUCUCCUCUCUUUUUUUCAUCAACAGGAUGCACUACCUUCAGAGCAAUGCUGUACAGUAUUACGGGAUAUAACCAAUUGUCCCUGGAGAGGAUGAGGAAAUCCUUGACUGCAUCAAUUUCAUUUCGAACUUGACUAAAGGACAGCAAUUCCUUUCAAUUAACAAAAGAUCUUCUUUAAACCCCUCCACUGCUACCCUGCGAGCAGAAGUUUCUCUCUUGCAUGGCUUUUAGCGUUAACGAAGUCGUUCGCGUGGCUUGUCUGUCGCGUAGUUGGUUUGUUUUAUACGGCGUAAACAAACCAACUACGCGACAGAC